UUCUGUGAUGGUGCUGCUAUUGAAGACCCAAAUGAAUGGUUCAGCUAGGCAAGCAGAGCUUUUAUUAGUUUCAUGGAGGGAACCCUUUAGGUUAUUAGGAUUUUUCAUUGGUGGUGUGAGAACAUACAUGACCCCUCAUUACAGAGACUCUUAUCACUAUACCUACUUGCUACAACACUGUAGAAGCACCAAAUCAAUAAAAAAACUGCAUGCCCAGAUAAUCAUCGGAGGUUUUGAGCAAAACCCAUUUGUUGUUGCAAAGCUAGUUGGCAAGUAUGUUGAGUGCAGUGAACCAAGCAUGGAAACUGCACGGAAGGUGUUUGAUAGGUUGUUGGAGAGAGACGUUUUUGUGUGGAACAUGGUUAUUCAGGGUUAUGCAAAUGCGGGGCCUUUUGUUGAAGCACUUAAAAUGUAUGAUAGAAUGAGGUUGAGUGGUGUGCCUGCAAACCAGUACACAUACCCUUUUGUGCUCAAGGCUUGUGGUGCAAUGAAAGAUGGAAAGCAUGGUCAGAUUGUUCAUGGACAUGUUGUGAAAUGCGGGCUUCAUUCAGAUUUGUUUGUUGGGAACGCUCUUAUAGCCUUGUAUUCUAAGUGCGAGGAAAUUGAGAUAUCAAGAAGAGUGUUUGAUGAAAUCCCUUGGAAAGAUUCUGUUAGUUGGAAUUCCAUGAUUUCGGGGUAUACGGCAAAUGGAUAUCCGCAUGAGGCUCUCGUGCUUUUCCGUGCUAUGUUGCAAGAUCAUGCCACAAGCUUGCCUGAUCAUGCCACUCUUGUUUCCAUUCUUCCAGCUUGUGUUCAAGCAUCAGCCAUCGAAGUGGGCUUUUGGAUUCACUCUUACACUAUAAAGUCAAGUGUGGAAGUUGAUGCUGCUUUGGGCAGCGCUCUCAUUUCUAUGUACGCAAGUUGUGGCCGUGUAACCAUUGCCAGAGUUAUUUUUGAUCAAAUCAGCGAAAAAAACGUGGUGUUGUGGAGUGCAAUGAUGAGGUGUUAUGGAAUGCAUGGACAUGCAGAUGAGGCACUCCAAAUGUUUUCCCAGUUUGUGGAGUCCGGCUUACACCCAGAUGGUGUUGUAUUUUUGUGUUUGUUGUCCACUUGUAGUCACUUAGGGAUGGUUACGAAAGGCCUAGAACUUUUCGAGGAAAUGGGAGAUUAUGGAGUAGAGAAAAAUGAGAAACAUUAUGCUUGUGUAGUAGACCUUCUGGGAAGAGCUGGGUUACUUCACCAGGCGCUCAAGCUUAUUGAGAGCAUGCCCAUCCAGGCAGGGAAAGAUGUAUAUGGUGCCUUACUUGGAGCUUGUAGAAUACAUAAUAACAUAGAGCUCGCCGAAGAAGCUGCAGAGAAGUUGUUUGUUUUGGACCCUGAAAAUGCUGGGAGGUAUAUUCUUCUGGCCAGCAUGUAUGAAGAUGCAUGUAGAUGGGAGGAUGCAGCUAGAGUGAGGAAGCUACUCAGAGACAAGAACAUCAAGAAGCCAACCGGAAGUAGUUCAAUUGAGAUGGACUGCACAUACCACACAUUUGGAGCAGAUGAUGAGUCUCACCCAUAUACAGACCAGAUUUUCAACACAUUGGAGAGAUUGGAUAGGAUAAUUGAAGACCAAACAGUAGUGGUUUAAUGGGAUUGUUGUGCCUCAGAAGAAGUGGAAGGUGCAAAUACUUUGGACUGUUAGUCCAGUACCUUGUAAAGAAAAUUUGCUUAUAAUGGUCCGUCACUGUUAGAGCAAUUGUGCUGGAU